UUGGAGGGGCCACGAAAAAUUAAAACAAGUUGAAGUCUCUUGUAAAAAAACGAAAAUUUCCUUCUUGAAAUAGGCGGCUCCAGUCCGGAGGACAACCUUUCAAAAUUUCCAGCCGACGUAGAUAUUUCACCAAGCUCGCCAUGGAUCGAGUGACAAAGCCGCAGAAGAAAAUGCUCAUUACAUUACUGCGGGAAACAAAAUACAUGGAGGGCAAGAAGGAGAAGGAGUGGUAUUGGGAAAAAAUCCAAGCAGCAUUAAAUACAAUUGGACCCAAAAAGACUAUAAUCCAAUGGAAAAAGUGCUGGCGAGACAUGCGCCUGACCACUAGGAAAAAAUUAGCGGAACUAAAGCGUUGUCAGCUCUCGGGAGGAUCGCCGCCUCCUGGCAUUGAGUUAAAUCAGGAGGAUAACGACAUCAUUGACAUCGUUGGCACUGAAUAUUUUUAUGAGGAAAUGAAUGGAGAGCUUAAGCCAGAGAAUUUCAUGUCUGGCUUUGAUUAUGUGCCGGAACAUUUUUGCGAUGCCAUUCUGACAGCUGCUGCAGGCCAGCAGCAACAGCAGCAGCAUAUGCAGCACCCCAAGGAUCCCCAGUCCCAUGGGCAGGACCAUCAUGGUCAGGAUGGAGAGACAAACGAUGCCCCGGGCUCUUCGAAUGGUGGGUCCUAUCAAGGUCAACUGCAGCAGUCUCAUAAUGGAACGGUGGGAGGAGACCAUGUCAGUGGUAGCAGUGGGACCCAGGCGCAUUCGGGAAUGCCACAACAUCCCGCAUUUCAUGGUAGCCUGCAUCCGCAUCUUCUAAGGCGACAGCAUGGCAGCAAUGCAUCACUUACUCGAGAAUCUCCGUUUGAGGAGAAACUGUUGCAAUUCAUGCAAGACGCCUUUCCCAAGAAGAGCAAGAAGCGCAAACAGCGGGAUCCAGAUAGACUCUUCCUGCUCUCUCUAUACGAGGAAAUCAAGCGUGUGCCCGAGGAAAUUCGCCUGGAUGUCAAGUCUGAGCUAAUGCAAAUUUUAAAGAAGUACCAAAAGAAGUCUCCUGUCAAGGCGGAAAAGUCUUCAGCCUCUUCUACUUCGACCUCGUCGCAAAAGCAAAGUUCCAGUGGAUCUAGCAGCGCCAGCUCGGCGGCAGCCCAUCUAUCCCACAGCAUGUACCAGUUACAGAAAAAGAGCGAAAAGGAGACCUCGCCUCAAUCUCAAGUGGAUCGGGUUGCCGUUACGUCCGGUGCUUCUGCAUCCUCUGCCGUCUCUCUUCAUGCCGCCCAACAGUUGCCGCUAUUCCAACUGCCGAAAAAGUACGAGGAGAGCGUUGUCGACAAGGAUCAACGGAAACACGCGGAAGCGGUUGCCCACCAGCAGCAGCAUGCCGCCCACCAGCAACCGCCACCGCCGCCACCGAAUGAACAGCAUCUGCAUCAUCCGCAAAUGGCACACAACAUCAUGUUCCCCUUAGCCCAGUUGCGCAACGAGCAAUCACAACACCAUGCCCAUAAUCCCCACCAGCAACAACAACAUCCACACCAGCAACAGCAGCAGCAACAACAGCAACAGCAAGCACAACAACAACAACAUCACCCGCCUACCAUAUUUGGCUCCGCCCCCAGCACAGAUCGCCCGGCCAUGUCCUACGAGAAUGUCGGAUGAGUGUUAAGCCGUCUGUGGGAAGCCACUCAUCGCCCAUCAUCGACUCAUGUGUCCCCCACGACGGCAGAUGCGCACAACAACUGUUAGCCAAGCUCACAAUCAGUCUGUGGAACUGUGUGCAAACAAUUUGUUUUAAACAUUUCUAUACUUUAGACUUUACUUUACUCCUGUUUUUCGUAAGAUUCUCGUAUGUAGGAGCCAUCAUGCAACGAUCCUCAUGUAAAAUGUAAAACAACAAUAACAAUAACUUUAAUUGUUUAAAAUUCUACGUUUAGUUCUUUUGGGAAUGCAACAAAAAACUGAAUUUAUUGAUAGUAAACAACAACCAGAAAUAUACACAAACGUACACACAUAAA